UCCCCCACCCUGAAGGCGCCUUCAUCCACGGCGUCUUCCAUCCGCCCUUUCAGAGGCAGGCCCAGUGCCCUGCCUGCUUUUCCUCCCUGCCAGCUCCCAGAGGGCUCAGAGCCCAGAAACCUGCUCACUUGCCACCAGCUGGGCCCCGCCUGGGCCUUCCCAGCACGCACCCCGGCCGCCAAGGGCAGCAGCUUUUCCAGGAUUUGGCUGGCAGGCCCAGUCACCCCAACUCGCCACCUCACCACUCUACCUUGGAGGCUGGCCCUGUCCACUCCACUCUGUGCCUGGAUUCCCUUGCCUGCCUUGGGUCUCUGUGUGGCCCCUCCACGGUGUCCAGGACUGACUGUCCCUCUUGCCUCCUGAAGAUCAGCCAUGGCCACCUACAAAGUCAAGGUGGCCACAGGCACCGAUUUCCUGUCAGGAACACGGGACUCCAUCUCACUGACCAUUGUGGGGACCCAAGGAGAGAGCCAUAAGCAGCCGUUGAACCACUUUGGGAGAGACUUUGCAACUGGGGCGGUGGACCAGUACACCGUGCAGUGCCCGCAGGAUCUGGGGGAACUCAUCAUCAUCCGCCUGCACAAAGAGCGCUAUUCCUUCUUCCCCAAAGACCCUUGGUACUGCAACUACGUGCAGAUCUGUGCCCCCGACGGCCGUAUCUACCACUUCCCUGCCUACCAGUGGAUGGAUGGCUACGAGACCCUGUCACUCCGGGAGGCCACAGGAAAGACAACGGCAGACGACUCACUCCCCAUCCUCCUGGAGCACAGACGAGAGGAGAUCAGAGCCAAGCAGGACUUCUACCACUGGCGAGUCUUUGUUCCUGGCCUGCCCAACUAUGUGCACAUUCCCAGUUACCGUCCUCCGGUCCGAAGGCAUCGCAACCCGAACCGGCCAGAGUGGAAUGGCUAUAUUCCAGGAUUUCCGAUUCUUAUCAACUUUAAGGCCACCAAGUUCCUAAACUUAAAUCUCCGCUACUCCUUCCUCAAGACAGCCUCCUUCUUCACCCGCUUGGGGCCCAUGGCACUGGCUUUCAAAGUCCGCGGCCUGUUGGACUGCAAACAUUCGUGGAAGAGACUGAAGGAUAUUAAGAAAAUUUUCCCUGGCAAGAAGUCUGUCGUCGCCGAGUACGUGGCAGAGCACUGGGCCGAGGACACCUUCUUUGGGUACCAGUACCUCAACGGCGUCAACCCAGGCCUGAUCCGCCGCUGCACGCGGAUCCCAGACAAGUUCCCCGUCACAGACGACAUGGUGGCCCCGUUCCUGGGCGAGGGAACGUGCUUGCAAGCGGAGCUGGAGAAGGGGAACAUUUACCUGGCCGACUACCGCAUCUUGGAGGGCUUCCCCACCGUCGAGCUCAGCGGCCGGAAGCAGCACAACUGCGCCCCCCUCUGCCUGCUGCACUUCGGGCCCGAGUGCAAGAUGAUGCCCAUCGCCAUCCAGCUCAGCCAAACCCCUGGGCCGGAUUGCCCCAUCUUCCUGCCCAGCGAUUCUGAGUGGGACUGGCUACUGGCCAAGACGUGGGUGCGCUAUGCGGAGUUCUACAGCCACGAGGCCAUCGCCCACCUGCUGGAGACCCACCUCAUUGCCGAGGCCUUCGGCCUGGCCAUGCUGAGGAACCUGCCCAUGUGCCACCCCCUCUACAAGCUCCUCAUCCCCCAUACCCGAUACACUGUCCAGAUCAACAGCAUUGGCCGGGCUGUUCUCCUCAAUGAGGGAGGGCUGUCUGCUAAGGGCAUGUCUCUGGGAGUGGAGGGCUUUGCUGGGGUGAUGGUGCGAGCUCUGUCGGAGCUCACCUAUGACAGCCUCUACCUCCCCAAUGACUUUGUGGAGCGUGGGGUCCAGGACCUGCCUGGAUAUUACUACCGCGAUGACAGCUUGGCAGUGUGGAACGCAUUGGAGAGGUAUGUGACAGAGAUGAUCACCUAUUAUUACCCGUGUGAUGCAGCCGUGGAGGGUGACCCAGAAUUGCAGUCCUGGGUGCAGGAGAUAUUUAAGGAGUGCCUUCUAGGGCGUGAGAGCUCAGGCUUCCCCACGUGCUUGCGAACCGUGCCUGAGCUGAUCCGAUAUAUCACCAUAGUCAUCUACACCUGCUCUGCUAAGCACGCUGCUGUCAACACAGGCCAGAUGGAGUUCACCGCCUGGAUGCCCAACUUCCCAGCAUCUAUGCGGAAUCCACCGAUGCAAGCGAAGGGGCUGACCACUCUGGAGACCUUCUUGGACACGUUGCCGGAUGUGAAGACGACGUGCAUCACGCUGCUGGUGCUCUGGACCCUCAGCCGGGAGCCUGAUGACAGGCGCCCCCUGGGCCACUUCCCGGACAUCCACUUCGUGGAGGAGGCCCCGCGGAGGAGCAUAGAGGCGUUCCGCCAGCGUCUGAACCAGAUCUCCCACGCCAUCCGCCAGCGCAACAAGUGCCUCCCCAUCCCCUACUACUACCUGGACCCGGUGCUGAUUGAGAACAGCAUUUCCAUUUAGGAUUGCCCUUCCCGUCUCGCCUCUCCCCAUUCUGUGCCCUCCUAUUUUCCAAAUAACUACAAAAAACGAAAAAACCAA